AUGGCUACGGCUGUCGAACAAUUAGUAAUUGAUCCACAAUCCCGUUUUCUUGAAAUGAAAUCUCUGCAACCAUAUUCAACUACAGAUGAAUAUUUAUAUGCUAUGAAAGAAGAUCUUGCAGAUUGGCUUUCAAAUAUGUAUUCCGAAUGGCGUCCAAUUACAGCUGAUAACUUUAUUCAAUGCUUAGAAAAUGGUGUUCUUCUUUGUCAACAUGCUAAUAAUGUAAAUAAUGCUGCACGUAAAGCAUAUUCUUUAAAAUUAGCACCUCGACCAUUAACAUUGACACUUGAAAAUUGUAAAUACCGUUCUGAUGCUCGCCCACAAACAUUUAAUGCUCGUGACAAUGUUUCACAAUUUAUUAAAUGGGCACGGCGUGUUGUUGGUGUACGAGAAGUUUUAAUGUUUGAAUCGGAUGAUCUAAUAUUACGAAAAAAUGAAAAAAACUUUCUUCUUUGUUUACUUGAAAUUGCACGUUAUGGUUCACAAUUUGGUGUUAGUGUACCAGUUAUAAUAAAAUUAGAGGAUGAAAUCGAACGAGAAAUUCAACGUGAUAAACAAACAGAAAUAAUGUCAUUUACUGAACUACGACGCUUACAACGAGAAGAAAAUCUUAAAAAUAUUUCAAAUUCGUCACAUCAUGGAAAAUAUAGUCGAUUACUAAAAUUUGUUCGAAAUGAAAGUCUUGAUUCAAAUAAUAAUAAUAGUGAAACAACGAAAAAUUCUUAUAAUAGUUUUUCUUUAUCACAUUCAAAUGGUGCUAACUGGUUAAGACAACGUAUAUCACGUAUACCAAAAUUUACACAUACUAAUAGUAAGAAACGACAAGACAGUGGAGAAAGUCAUGAUAAUUCAACAUGGAGUGAUGCAACAAUAACAGCAAUUACAUUAAAUAAAGAACAAAAAAUACCACAAAUUAGUCGAACUUUAGGAGAAGGUGAAAAUCGAGUUGAAACGCCAACGACAUCGUCACAAUUACAUAAAACAGUUGUACAAAUGACGAAUUCAUGUUGUUGUGCACAACGUUUUCCUGUUAUACGUAUUGGUGAAGGAAAAUAUAGAAUCGGAGAAAGUGGAACAAUUAUUUUUAUUAGAAUUCUCAGAUAUCAUGUAAUGGUUCGUGUUGGUGGGGGUUGGGAUACUCUUGAGAAUUAUCUAAAUAAACAUGAUCCAUGUCGACGUACAGGUCAUCGCCGAUUAGAACCUAAUGAACAUCAUAUUGAUAUACCAAUUCUAGCUGUACCAACUAAUAACGUAUCAUCUAGUUUUCAAAAAACAACUCCAUAUGGUAAAUCAGUAACAAUAAAAACUGAAGAAUAUCCACUUUCAAAACUAACAAUGCAUGAUACGAAUCUAAUAAAUGCACAACUUAUUAUAACACGUGAUGCUGAUGGACGUCAUCAUAUUGGACAAAUAACAUACAAAAGUGAAGAUAAUCUUAAUCAAUUACAUUCAUGUCCUCAACAUCAUAAUAAACAAUCAUCUCCGAUACCAAAAGUAAAAAGUGUUCGUGGUACAGGACGUUUAAUAACGUCAUCUAUUUAUGAUAAACAAUCAUUAACAAGUACUGAUCAAGAUUAUUCAUCAUAUACACCAACAUUAUCAAUUGAAACUAAUCGAAGUAAUAUAUCAAUAAGUGAUAGUCAACAAUACAAAACUGACUCAAUUAUUGAACAACACUCACAAUCUAAAAUUCUCAAGCAUAACUCUAAAGAAAACCAACAAAAAUUAACAUCAAUUAAUAAAAAAUCUCAAUUAGCAGGCUUUACAGAAUCAUAUAUUGAUAAUAUUGAUGAUUUUAUGCCAUCAACUUUAGAUGAAUGUGAACAUGAUUUUGAUAUUAGUGAUAUUGAUGAUGUUAUGCAAAUAAAUAAUCAUGACGAAGAUCGAACAAAUAUAGAUGAAGAUAGUUUAGAAAGUUGUGAAGGUGUUUUAGAAAUUAAUAAAAAAUCAACAUCACCAUCUCGUCCAAUUAUAUCAGAUAUAAAACCAAUUAUAUCAAAUGUUAAACCAGGUGGAAUUUGUACAGCACUCUAUUUAGCUCAAAAACAAAAGCAAGCAUCUAAUAAUAAAAAAUUAUCAUCAACAUUUUUAUAUACACGUUCAAAUACAUUACCAAAUGUAAUUGAAGCUAUAAACAAAGAAAAUCAAAUCAAUAAAAGACAUCGUAAAACAGCAGUUGUUACACAACGUUCACAAUCAACAGAAUUAUUUGAUAAAAGUUUCUUAAAUGAUACAUCAAAACUUGAUCGAGAUUCAGGUUUUGAUGAACAAGAUUUUCGUUGUGAACGUUCACAUUCAAGUUAUGAUGAUAAUUCAAGUAUAUCAUCUAUAAAAAGUGUACGAAGUUCAAUGGCUCGUUCAUUAUCAUCUGAUCUUAAUGGACAAGCAUAUCGUGAAAAUAAAGCUUAUGAAUUACGUUUAAAAGCACUUGAUUAUACAAAAAUUUUAAAUGAACAAGUAAUACAAGAUCCAAGAUUAAACAUACGAAGAAAUUUUAAUUAUACAUCGACACGAACAAAUGAUACAAUUCAUCCAACAACACAUAAAUAUAGAAAAAAUAGUCAAUCAAAUUUUUAUCUCAAACGUCAACAAUUUUAA